AAAUCUGUGAGGGAAAUAGGGCUUUACUCCUUGUAGAAGAUAAUUGUAAAAAUUAUAAUUUUAAUGCUUAUCAAUUGUAUAAAUUAGUGGGUUUCACUGACAUUUCCAUACACGCACAUAUCGUGCUGUGGUCGUUUCCACCCGCGGUGAUCUUUGAGUAGAAAAAGUAUGAAAAAGAGCAAAGUGAAAAGUAGCUCAGAAAUGGGAAGGAGUAAGUUCUUUCCUACAACAGGAAAGAAUUCUGGAUACCCUGGGCAAAAGCAGCCCGUUGUGACUGAAGAGCAGUAAAGGAGGAAAAGUGGUGCAGGAAAAAGUAGGUAGUCGCCAGAUCACACAGGUAUAAAAACCAUAGUUACUGUUCAAGAUAGGUGUUUGCUGGUUCAAGACUGAAAGCAUCAGAACCAGGAACCACUACCAAAUGUGGUAUUUAUACAACAGCCAUUCCACAGAUUUUGAAGUACACCGCAACUGGCUUGCUAUCACUCACAGUUUGCCAGUAUCACAGUGGUAUUAUGAGGAACAAAAACCAGCAAGAAACAAAACUCCGUGGUUUAGCAGAGGCUUAUGGGGAGAUGAAGCUAAAGAGGCAACUUCAGAGUGGACCUUGGAUUACCCCCCUUUUUUUGCAUGGUUUGAGUAUGUCCUGUCACAUGUUGCCAAAUAUUUUGAUCGAGAGAUGCUUAAUGUUCAUAAUCUGAACUACUUCAGCUCAAGGACCUUAUUUUUCCAGAGAUUUUCUGUCAUCUUUACAGAUGCACUCUUUGUGUAUGCUGUCCAUGAGUGCUGUAAAUGCAUUGAUGGAAAAAAGGCGGGUAAAGAGCUUACAGAGAAACCAAAGUUUAUUCUUUCAGUGUUACUAUUGUGGAAUUUCGGAUUGUUAAUUGUGGACCAUAUUCAUUUCCAGUACAAUGGAUUUCUGUUUGGAUUAAUGCUGCUCUCUGUUGCACGGUUGUUUCAGAAAAGGCAUAUGGAAGGAGCAUUUUUCUUUGCCGUUCUCCUACAUUUCAAGCACAUCUACCUCUAUGUAGCACCAGCUUAUGGUAUAUAUCUGCUACGAUCUUACUGUUUCACUGCAAGUAAAUCAGAUGGAUCUGUCCGAUGGAACAGUUUCAGCUUUGUCCGUGUCAUUUCCCUGGGACUUAUCGUUUUCUUAGUUUCUGCUCUUUCACUGGGUCCUUUCCUAGCCUUGAACCAGCUGCCUCAAGUCUUUUCCCGACUCUUUCCUUUCAAAAGAGGCCUCUGCCAUGCAUACUGGGCUCCAAACUUCUGGGCCUUAUACAAUUCUUUGGACAAAGUUCUGUCUGUCAUUGGUUUGGAAUUGAAACUUCUUGAUCCCAAAAAGAUCCCUAAGGCCUCAAUGACAAGCGGUUUAGUUCAGCAGUUCCAACAUACAGUCCUUCCCUCAGUGACUCCCUUGGCAACACUCAUCUGCACUCUGAUCGCCAUAUUGCCCUCCAUUUUCUGUCUUUGGUUUAAACCGCAAGGGCCCAGAGGCUUCCUCCGGUGUCUAAUUCUUUGUGCCUUGAGCUCCUUCAUGUUUGGGUGGCAUGUGCAUGAAAAAGCCAUACUCAUUGCAGUUCUCCCAAUGAGCCUUUUGUCUGUGGAAAAAGCAGGAGACGCCUCGAUUUUUCUGAUUCUGACCACAACAGGACAUUAUUCCCUCUUCCCUCUGCUCUUCACUGCCCCAGAACUUCCCAUUAAAAUCUUACUCAUGUUACUAUUCACCAUCUAUAGUAUUUCUUCACUGAAGACUCUAUUCAGAAAAGAAAAACCUCUUUUUAAUUGGAUGGAAACUUUCUACCUCCUUGGCCUGGGGCCUCUGGAAGUCUGCUGCGAAUUUGUAUUCCCUUUUACCUCCUGGAAGCUGAAGUACCCCUUUAUCCCUUUAUUACUGACUUCAGUGUAUUGUGCGGUGGGCAUCACAUAUGCUUGGUUCAGACUGUAUGUUUCAGUGUUGACUGGCCCUCCUGUCAGCAAGACAAAGAAGCAGUGAAUAGAGGAGCUACUUGGAAGUAGUCCAAGCAAUUAUUUCAUGGGAAAUUAAUCAGAACUUGAAGAAAGUUGCUGGUGGCAUAAGCCAUUUAUUUCAGUAUAUCUGUUUAGAGGGCCAUUCUUCCAUACUUGGCCUUGUCGAGCCUAGCAACCUGAUUGUCACCAUGGUGAGAAGCCACUUGCCCUCCAUAAGCAGUGAAACACAUCUGAAAAAAAAAUCUCAUCUUCCUCUGUUAAAAUUGAGAUCAUUCAGACUGCUGUGUUUACUGAAAGCAAACAGGGAGUCUGAUUAACAGCACAAUUAUUUGUAGCCUGUGUUGACCAUUGUCAGGAUAUAAAGGAUAAUUAGACUCUUCUACUGAGGGAAAUAUAAAUAAAAUGGCAUUUCUUUUUUUUUUUUUUCUGUACAGAAUACUUCUGGAUCAUUACCGGCUCCUACAUUUUCCUAUUUAGCAUAUACACAGGCAGAUGGUGUACUUUCCCCAUCUGUACACCUUGUUCCAGGAGGGUUUUGUUUAUUUGGUUCGUGCUUUGUUUUUUUGUUUUGUUUUGUUUUGUUCUGUUUUUUCCAUUGAAGUUAUGCAAUGAUAAUACUCAAAGCCAGGGGACUAUUUAAUGUACUGCUUUGGCCAGGCAUCAGAGACUACAAACCACAGCUACUCUUAAAUUGAGUUAAGGACAUUUUGUAUAGCUCAUUUUUUCUGAUAGCAAGCACUGCACUUAAACUUUUUCUGCUGUGAAUGAACUAAAAAGGUUUUGCAGAUUUGUCUCCUCCUUUUCCUUCUUUGAGAGUACUACAUACAUACUUUUUAUCCAGGACCUCGGUCUCCUAAUGCUAAACAUUCAAAU